UGCCUCCUCUCACCUGGACCUCCCAGCUGGGAUUCUGCCAUAUUCUGUGUGGAACACUGGCGUGGCUCCCAGGUCAUCAAGUGGCAGAGGUGAAAGUGGAGGUCGAUCAGUGAUGAUUUUAGUCCAGCACCCAGGAGGCAUCUGUGCCAAAUGACCAAACUUCGGUCUGGAUGGUGGGCUCAGGAAUGGAUGCGAAAAACAAGCAAACAAACAAACAGAAGCGGGAUGCUGUCUGAGCCAUAUCCAGGUCGCAAGCAGCAAGAUGGACAGGGUGCCCAUCAUCUGUGACUACGGCUCAGGCUUUAGCAAAGUGGGGUUUGCAGGAAAAGAGGCCCCGCUGGCUAUCUUCCCAACCAUCCUUGGGAAACUUCGGCAUGAUACUAUUUUGAUAGGAAUGGAGGAGGAAGAUUGGUUUAUUGGAGACGAUACCCAGAAAAACAGAGAGAAGCUCAUUCUGCAGUACCCCAUCUCCCGGGGAGCCAUCAACAGCUGGGACAACCUGGAGAAGAUUUGGCAUCACUCCUUCUACCAGGUGCUCCGCACCCCCCCUGAAGAGCAUCCUCUGAUGGUGACCGAGUCACCUUUAAACUCAACAUCCACCAAGGAGAAGGUGUGCCAGAUCCUGUUCGAGACCUUCAAUGUACCUGCCCUGUCCUUAAUCAAUCAAGGAGUCCUUUCACUAUAUGCUUCAGGCCAAACUUCUGGAACAACCAUUGAAUCUGGAGAGGGAAUGACAUACUUUGUGCCCAUCGCUGAUGGCUGUCCUUUGCAUCAGUCGACCUUCCAGCUGGAUGUAGCUGGCCAAGACCUGACCUGGUACCUCCUGCAACUUUUGACGGAGAGGGGGAUCUUGUUAGUGGGCACAGCUGACCAAGAGUACAUCCGGAAUGUGAAAGAGAAAGGCUGCUAUGUGGCGCUGGACUUGGACAAGGUGAAGGUGAAAGCCAGUGACCCACCUUCCUGCCUACAGGACUUCCAGCUCCCUGAUGGCCAGGAGAUCAGCCUUGGGGAGGGGGCUUUUUUAUGUCCUGAGGCACUCUUCCAGCCUAACCUCAUAGGAAGAAGCGCCCAGGGGAUCCACAUGAUGACCACCCAGUGCAUCACCUCCUGCCACCCUGACCUCCAGAAGACCCUGUUCAGCCACAUCCUCCUGUCUGGAGGCACUGGUUCCUUCACUGGCUUGCGAUUACGAUUGCAGAGAGAACUAGCUGGACUGGUUUCCCCUACCAUCGAUGUGAAGGUGUCCUCUUCUCCCUAUGGCAAGUGCAGUGCCUGGGUGGGUGGUUCCAUCUUGGGCUCCCUGUCAACUUUUAAGGACAUGUGGGUCACCAGAGGUGAGUACAGGGAUGUUGGCUGCUCCAUCAUCAAUAGAAAAAGCUUCUAAGUUGGGGCUUUCUGGGUCCCACCACCUUUGCCAUCAACACUGAAUCCAGGCCAAGCUUCAGCUGAACCGAUCAAUGUCCAGGAUCAACUCACCUGCAAGGCCCCUAUUCCCCAAUGUCAAUAAAAAUGCAAUAGGAA